UUCAGUAGUUCAUAACUUCCGAUAGGUUGGAACGCAAAAAUCACCCACAAAACCUCUUGAGGCAUCCAAUUAGCUUUUGGCAGCACAGUGGUGAUAUGAAGCCACACUAAAAUUUCCAAUCUCCGGGAGCUCUUUGCUGCAACUGCUGCUGGUGAAGAUCACGUUCAAGUGCUCGGACCUCGCUCUCCUCAGCAACUAGAGUUUACUAAAUUGUCCGCAACAUCUCGUCAGAGUUUGGCACCUUUAGCUUGGAUUGCAGUUCACUUGUCUUUUCGUCGAUCUGGCUACUUGUACAUAGAUUUGUAUAUAAUAUUACCGCAAACAGAUAUAUCGCAAAUAUAUUACUAUAGCCUACCGGAAUAUUGGAGCAAGGCCCAGAUCUUAUUGUUGAUUACGCCACCUGUUUUCUUUUGGCGAGUUUUGGUGUUGGAAUUGCAUUCCGAGCAAACCCAUCUGAGGAUUCAUCAUCAGAUCCGUUAGCAUUUUUGCGUUGGAGAAUCGAUUUUAUGAACUGGGUAUUGAGGGUCUUGUUGUUUUCUUUAGGGAUAUUUCGUUUUGGGUUCUCAAAAUUUCUAGUUUGAUCUUGGCCUUGUUCUUUUUCUUUUCUCUUUUUAUCCUGGUAUGGAUCUUGGGUUGAAUUUUUGAGGACCCAUUUUUGAGAGCUGUUGUUGGGUUUCACGGAUUUGUCUCUUCUUCGCGGGACAAAACUGAUUUGAUCUUCAUGUUAUAGCGGGGGCCAGUUUGGAAUUUCUUUUGUGGGUUUGUUUGGUUUGGUGGCGAAUUUGGAGCGAAACAUGUUUCGGAGGGAACGCGAGAAAGAGAAGAAAGAACUGAAUGGUGGUGGACCGCCUUGUGGACAGGUUCGAGUUCUUGUUGUUGGAGAUUCAGGAGUUGGGAAAACUUCUCUUGUCCAUUUGAUUGUAAAAGGUUCUUCUAUUCUUCAUCCUCCUCAAACCAUUGGGUGUACAGUUGGUGUUAAGUACACAACUUAUGGGGGUUCUGGUAGCUCUUCAUCAAAUAGCAUGAAAGGUGACAGUGAAAGGGAUUUCUUUGUUGAACUUUGGGAUAUCUCUGGGCAUGAGAGGUAUAAAGAUUGCAGAUCUCUCUUCUAUUCACAAAUAAACGGCGUUAUCUUUGUUCAUGAUCUAUCUCAGAGAAGGACAAAAACAAGCUUGCAAAAGUGGGCUGCAGAGAUUGCAUCAACUGGGACAUUCUCUGCCCCUCUAGGAUCUGGAGGUCCUAGUGGCCUUCCUGUCCCUUACAUUGUGAUUGGUAAUAAAGCAGAUAUUACAGCAAAAGAGGGCACAAGAGGAAGCAGUGGCAAUCUUGUUGAUGUUGCUCGCCAGUGGGUUGAGAGGCAGGGUUUACUUCCCUCAAGCUCAAGCGAGGAACUUCCUUUGGUUGAGAAUUUUCCUGGCACCGGAGGCCUUAUAGCGGCUGCCACAGAAGCAAGAUAUGACAAAGAAGCAUUGAUGAAAUUCUUUCGUAUGUUGAUAAGGAGGAGGUAUUUUUCAGAUGAGCUUCCCGCAUCAAACCCGUGGUCUACCCCACCACUUCAAAGCCCAUUUCAGCAGCCAAGUGAAAUAAGUGAUGAAGAUCAUUUGUACAAGAAUACAAGCUUAAUCGGUAACCCUUACAAGUACAAUAAUGUUCUCCCUCCACUUCCAGCUCAACGCAAUCUUACCCCGCCUCCCACACUUUAUCCACAGCAGCCCAUGUCUACGCCUGACAACUAUAAAAUCCCAAGAUUUGCCUUGGCGGCAGGGUCCCAGGAGUUCAGCAGCACCAGAUCAAGGCGCACCGACAUUAAUGUCUGAUGAUUCUGAUCUAAGAAAGCCCUGCAGUUGCCAUUUAGAAUCCUCCUUCAUUUGUUUGCAACUCUGGUCCAAUCAUUCUUUGAUUCAUUGCGAAGCCUCUUAUCUUAGUUUAUGUAUCGUGUAUUUCAAAUGUAUGAUGAGUGGUCUAUGUCCGAUGCCCAGCUUAGCAUUCGCAAUAUAUUGUUGUUCCUUAGUUUCUUCUCGAGAGAAAUUGUAGAACUGUAAAGGCAUUGAAAGUCUUUGAAUUCACAAUAUAUAUAUAUAAAUGUUUGUGGCUUUCGGCAUCGCUUAA